CAGCACGCUUCGCGCAGCUCGCACCGACUCCUCUGCUUCUCUCUGCGGGCGCCAGGCUGCACUAAGCCGGAGGGAUGGAGUCAGCGGGCGCGUACGGAGCCGGUAAGGCCGGCAGCGUCGCCUUCGAUCCGGUCGCAUUCUUCACGCAUCCCCGGACAGUGCUCAGACUGAUGUCGUGGGUCUUCUCCAUGGUGGUGUUCAGCUGCAUCGUGAACGAGGGCUACAUCAACAUCGGUAGCGAGCGUUUGCUCUGCGUCUUCAACAACAACGCUGACGCCUGUAACUUUGGUGUUACCAUAGGCGUGCUCUGUUUCCUCGGAAGCAUCUUUUUCCUGAUCCUGGACGUUUACUUCCCCUCCAUCAGCAGCGUCAAGGACAGAAGGCGGGCUGUCCUGCUGGACCUCGUCUUCUCUGGUUUUGCCAGCUUCCUGUGGUUUGUUGGCUUCUGUUUUCUGGCCAAUCAGUGGCAGGCUACCUCUCCAGACGAGCUGCCAUUGGCCCAAGGCUCCGACGCCGCCAGAGCCACCAUCGCUUUCUGCUUCUUCUCCAUCCUGACCUGGGGUUAUCAGUGUCUGCUGGCAAUGAACACAUUUAAGAGCAUUUCCUUCAUGGAGGACAAGCAGAGGCUCCUACCAAAGAGCCCUACCACCCACUCUCUAGCCUAACACACACACACACACACAUUCACAGAGUCACGUUUACUUCAGUGAUAGUAGUUAAGUAGUAUAACUGGCAAAUUCAGAGUAGGGCUUCAACAACUGAAUUAUGUUAUUUUUCAAUUCAAUUCUGCUAGGAGAAGAGAAGUGAAAACAAGUAGUUACCUUGUCUUUAUUAUAACCAACCAUGGUCAUAACUGUGUGGGUCAGUGGUGCCCUAACGUUUAUAGUUUCUAGAGUUUGAUCCACUGACCAGCAGGAUACAUUUUGUGGGCAAAGUGUAAAAGCAGUGCUUCUUUCAUGUCCUCCAUUACGACCAUAAAGCUGCCCGUGAGCAAGGCCCUUAAGCUGCUCAGUAGCCAGCAGGUCAGACUGUGACAGUUUCCAGGCGUGACAGUGGGAUACUGUGGGGACAGGGUGUUCUUAUAAAAGAGCUGCCCUCAGCGAGAUUUGAAUAGAAAGUUUAGAAAUAUCCCAGAGAACAUUGCAGACUGAUUUAUUAUCCAUUGACAACUCAAUAGAGCUUGUUAAAACAGUUUGACCACCAAACCAAUAGCAGCCAUUCAUCUCACUGUCAGAGGAUGUGGAGAGGUUGAACUGUAAUUGUUUCAGGGAUGUACAGUAUGUCACAAAAGACUAUUUUUAACCCAAUAGUUCUGCGGCAAAUCUUUUCAAUAUUCUUCCGAAGAGGAUGUAUAGCAUUUUGAGAGCCGUUUGGAUGCCCUUUUGAAUUUGCUUCUUGAGUCUCCUGAUUUUGCAAAUGAAAACUGUUGGAUUGAUUGCCAUUAAGUCUUAUACAGAGAUUCAUAGUCUUUAGAGGAUGAAUCCUAGUGACUUUGGUAAAAACCUCUGACGUUUCAUCUCUGCCAUCAUCAGACCAUUUUUUCGUGACUUUGUUUUAUCACCAAAAGUAAUUACAUUCCUGUCAGCCUCAGCUUUCUGUUUGAGUGCUAAUUAACAAUUGUAGACUCUAAGGUUGUGUUCAGAAUCCCAUACUAACAUACUGCAAACUACAUUUUCAUUAUUUUUGUACUCUACACUGCCCCCUAAAUUGAUUAAAUUGUGUGCCAUUAGCAGCAGACCUUCACAUUGAAGUAAACUCAAGCCAUAUGUCUUCCUCUCAUGACUGUAUCAAUCAUGACUCCAUGUCUGAAGUCUGAGCUACCGUUGAUUGAAUUACAAUGAAUGUAUAUAUAUUUUUUCUACAGUAAAUGUAUAUGAGCUCUUCCAACUGUCCUCACUCACUUGCUAUCAUUUGUAAUGAUUUUAUCCAACUGGUUUAUAAUUGUAUUUGCUCCCGGUCUGUAGAGCUGCAAUGCAGUCUGAUUAAGUUUGUCCUGUGGAUACAUGUCUCAUAUUUGAAAAUCUUGCUAAUCUGGUAUACAUUCUCGCAUUUCUCAAAAACACAAAAUCUACAUACAUAAUAAAUAAUAAUAUAUAAUGAUGUGCUUCUAAUACAAAUCAAUGUGUAACUAACAUCCUCUAAUAAUGUGUGUGUUUAUGUGUGUGUGUGUGUGUGUGUGUGUGUGUGUGUGUGUGUGUGUGUG